GCAGCUCGCUAGCCGCCAGCGACAGAUUUCCGGACAAAACAGCAUCAAUCAGGAGCCAUGUCCCGCCGCCGCUGCCCCAUAGCCGCACACAGAGAUGAGAUCCUCUACGCCCUCGAGGACAAGGAUGCCGUCGUCGUGAUCGGCGCGGCCGGCAGCGGCAAGAGCACGCAGCUGCCGCGCUACUUGGUCGAGGGCGGCUGGGCGGCGCCGCCGCGCUGCGUCGUCAGCGCGCAGCCGCGGCGCGCUAUUGCCUCGGACGUCGCGACGCGCAUCGCGGACGAUCUGGGCUGCGACCGCGUGGGCGACGCGGUCGGAUUGGCGGCGGCGGGCGACGAGCGCUGGGACGCGUCGAGGACGCGGAUCCUCGUCGCGACGGACGGCUGGCUAUUGAGGACCGCGCUGCUCGAUCCUCUGCUGAAGCACUUUUCUGUCGUUGUGGUGGACGAGGCGCACGAGCGGACCCUGAACCAGGACCUGCUGAUGGGCCUCGUGAAGAAGGUCCAGAAACGAAGGAAGGAAUUGGGCGAUCCGUUGCGAGUGGUCAUAGCGCUCGCGGACCGAGAUAACGACGUGGAAAAGUUCUUUGGGAGACAAAAUACCGCCAUAGCGCACGUCGACGGCCGGCGGGACGUCGUCGACGUCUUCCACAGCGACGCGCCGCGCGGGUCCGACUACGUGUCCGCCGCGGCCGACGCCGCGCACCAGGCCCACGAGGAGGACAAGCAGCGGGGCGGCUGCAUUCUGGUCUUCCUCCCGGGGGCGCGCGAGGUCGACGAGUGCUGCCAAUUGUUGAAGGCGGUGCUAAGAGAUGGCAACAAGCCCGCGGAUUUGAUUGGCGUCUACGCCGGGGCGGACAAGCGCGCGUUGAAGCAGGCGGCCAUGCCGUCCUCGCGACGGCGGAUCUGCGUCGCGACGAGCAUCGCGGAGACCUCCGUGGCCGUCGCGGAUGUGCGAGUCGUGAUCGACGCCGGCUUCGAGCGCCUGCCCGUCUUCGACGAAAACGCCAACGCUGAGGUGGUCGCGACGACCUACGCGUCGCAGCAGACGGCCGAUCGACGGGCCGCGCGCGCCGGCAGUUCCGGUGAGGCGGGCAAGUGCUACCGGCUCUACACGGAGGAGGCCUUCCGGACGAUCCUCCCCGCGAAGCACGAGCCCGCGUCGCGGCGGUCGGAGCUCGCUGCCGCCAUGCUUCAAUUGAAGGCGGUCGGCGUGUCGAACGUCCUGGAUUUCGACUGGCCGUCGCCGCCUACCGAACUAUUGAUCUGCGCCGCGUUCGAGGAGCUGCUGGCCUUGCGCGCCAUCGACGAUCAGGGCGAGCUGACCAAGCCCGACGGGGCGCGGCUGGCGCUGGCGCCGUGCGGCCCGCGGACGGCGCGGUUUUUGCUCGCGUCAUUGGAAGCGGGCUGCUCCGAGGAGGCCUUGGACGUCGCCUGUGUCCUGGCGACGAAGCGGACUCUAAGACGGACCGAUCGGCGCGUCAAGGAGGAGCAGAAACGAUUGUUCAGGGAUGAAAUUGUCGACCUCGAUGGGGACCACGCGACUUAUGUCAAAGCACUGCGGGCGUUCCGCGAGUCGCCGCACCCCGAGCAGUUCUGCUCCGAGCGGGCCAUGGACUCGGGGACACUGCGGUCAGCUGAGCGGUCGAAGCCCAACUUGGAGCGCUGGUUGUCGGAGAUGGCCAAGGAGGACGGCGUCGUGCUGGCGUCGUGCGGCGAGGACGGGGACAGCCUGCGGAAAGCGCUAUGUGCGGGGUUCUUCGCUCGCGCGGCCAGGUUCGGCGCCGACGCGACGUUUCGCACUCUAAGGGCCGACCGGGAAAUUGGCCUGCACCCCCUCUCGGUGCACGCGGAGUUCGGGACGCCGCCGGAGUACGUCGUCUUCUGCGACUUUGGACUGGACGCCGACGGCGCGUCCGUCGCGCGGCACGUGUCGCGGUGUGAUCCACGCGUUUUGAUCGCUGAGGCCGGGGAAUAUUACGAGCUUCGUGGGUAGGUGUUUGUUUUGUACUUAUGCUUUUUUUCGGAGAGACUAAGGACGUG